GUCACAGUACAGCUGCGGAAACGAUGUCUCAUUACACCACUGUAUAGUCAGUCAACUGCUGCACUGAGUCGCACGUCAAAAAGACACAAUUUAACGCACUGAGGUUAUUCAACGGCGCGAGCAGAGGGGUUAAACGUGUGUUAGACUGCCGAGAUGGCAGACGACGGUGUAGACGAAGAGAGGAAGAUAAAAGUAACGGCGGUGGGAGAUUGUGGAGUGGGAAAAACUUGUCUCCUCAUGACCUACGCCACCAACAAAUUCCCCGACAGUGACGUCCCCGGACUUUACGAAUGCAGUCAAACUGUGAAAGCUGGUCGAUCAACCUCAUUUGAAGUCCCUGUAGAGAUGCAAUUCAACGGCUGUAAAUACAGCAUCGGUCUCACAGACACCAUUGGAUCGGAUGAGUACCGUCGGAUCCGCGAACUGUUUACUGUAGGGACAGACAUAUUCCUGGUGUGUUUUAGUGUGACGGAACCCGACACACUCACUAAUGUAAAACAGAACUGGCUUUCGGAAAUCAAAAUCCUGGCCCCAAAGGCCACCUUCGUGUUGGUCGGCACAAAGACAGACCUCCGAGAGGACGAAACUGUAAAAAAAAGAUUAAAAGAAAAGGACCAAAAAGUAAUAUCUAUUCAAGAAGGAAUUAAAUGUGCAAAAACAUUCGGUGCGAAAACAUACGUGGAAUGUUCUGCUUUGAACCAGAUUGGACUUAAGGAGGUGUUCGAGACCGUUGUGAUGGUUACCAGUCCAGAAAAAGGCAGCGGUCCGAAACCCGGCACGAGUGGCGGACCAUGUGUCGUGUCGUAACUACUCCUUCGUCCAUUGAGAGAAUUAUACAUCAAGUACGAGGAAGAUGUUCAUGUUGGAUUGCAACAGAAACAUAAUGAGUCUCGUGCAAAAGACCCAUUUUUGGUAUUAGGGACAUGGCUUUAAAGGAAUGAACGGGGCAGGCGUUCAUAUAUAUAACGGUAAAUUAAGGUGUAUCAACUUAUUUGUAGCAUUCACGCAAGGUAGUACGUCCCCACACAGUUGUAGAACGCACCUCGGGGUCUGAGAUGAGAUCAAGGCAAUAGUGACCCCGUGAAACUAUUACACGGGGAUCAUGAUGUACCUUG